GAACAAGAAGAGAUUCCACCACCAGGCCUUAGUGGAAGUCAAGAUCCUGGACCACCUGAGGAGACGCGACGGCGACCACCACCACAACGUCAUCCACAUGCUGGACUAUUUCUACUUCCGGAACCACCUGUGUAUCACCUUCGAGCUUAUGGGCCUGAACUUGUACGAGCUGAUCAAGAAAAACAAUUACCAGGGCUUCAGUCUCAGUCUCAUCAAGCGCUUCGCCUUCUCCUUGGUGCAGUGCCUCAAGUUGCUGUACCGGGAAAACAUCAUCCACUGCGACCUGAAACCUGGUCUGGUAUUGCUUCGUGAAACCGGCUCUGUGUUGCACUGA